GAAGAUGGCGACUUCCAACAAUCCGCGAAAAUUCAGUGAGAAGAUCGCGCUGCACAACCAGAAGCAGGCGGAGGAGACGGCGGCCUUCGAGGAGGUCAUGAAGGACCUGAGCCUGACGCGGGCCGCGCGGCUGCAGCUUCAGAAGUCGCAGUACCUGCAGCUGGGCCCGAGCCGCGGCCAGUACUAUGGCGGGUCCCUGCCCAACGUGAACCAGCUGGGCAGCGGGGCCAUGGACCUGCCCUUCCAGACGCCCUUCCAGUCCUCAGGCCUGGACACCAGCCGGACAACGCGCCACCAUGGCUUGGUGGACCGGGUGUACCGGGAGCGGGGCCGCCUGGGCUCCCCCCACCGCCGGCCGCCAUCAGUGGACAAGCACGGGCGGCCGGCCGACGGCUGCCCCUACAGCACCGUGUACCUCUCGCCGCCCGCGGACUGCAGCUGGAGGAGGACGAACUCAGACUCGGCCCUGCACCAGAGCGCCAUGGCACCCACCCCGCCCGACUCCUUCCCAGGCCCCUCCCAGGACACACACCAGAAAAGAGUCCUCCUGCUCACCGUCCCGGGAAUGGAAGGUUCCGCGUCAGAGGCAGACAAGAACCUUUCCAAGCAGACGUGGGACACCAAGAAGGCAGGAUCCAGGCCCAAGUCCUGUGAGGUCCCUGGGAUCAACAUCUUCCCAUCUUCGGACCAAGAGAACACCGCCACCCUGGUCCCUGCCACCCACAACACGGGGGGAUCCCUGCCCGACCUGAGCAACAUCCACUUCCCUCCACCGCUCCCCACGCCGCUGGACCCCGAGGAGCCCGCCUUCCCCGCCUUCCCUGGGAGCCCCGACUCCAGCCUCACGCACCCAGGCCUCGGCGCCGGCCAGGGGAUGAGCACGCCCAGCUCCUCUCCACAGCACCGGGCCUCCGGUGUCAGCCCCCUGUCCUUGAGCACCGAGGCCAGGCGGCAGCAGGCGCAGCAGGUGGCGCCCACCUUGUCCCCCCUGUCUCCCAUAACUCAGGCCGUGGCCAUGGACGCCCUGUCUCUGGAGCAGCAGCUGCCUUACACCUUCUUCACGCAGGCCGGCCCCCAGCCGCCCCUGACGCGAGGCCCGCAGCUGCCCCCGCUGGCCGCCGCUGCACCGUCCCCCCUCCCCCAGUCCCCCCCAGACGCCUCGGGCCAGACUUCCAUGGGGAUGGACGUGGCCUCGGCACCGGCUCUGCAGCAGUACCGCACGGGCGCCAGCUCCCCGGCCAACCAGUCGCCCACCUCACCUGUCUCCAACCCUGGCUUCUCCCCCGGGAGCUCCCCACAGCACUCCUCGGGCCUGGCCGGCGUGUUUGGAGACGCGUACUAUGAGCAGCAGAUGGCCGCCCGGCAGGCCAACGCACUGUCCCACCAGCUUGAGCAGUUCAACAUGAUGGAGAGCGCACUGGGCUCCAGCGCCCUCUACAGCCCAGGCGCGGCGCUCAGCUACUCGCAAGCCACCAUGAUGGGCCUUACAGGCAGCCAUGGGACCCUGCAGGACGCACCUCCACUGGGCUACGCCAGCCACGGCAGCAUCCCCAACAUCAUCCUCACAGUGACCGGCGAGUCCCCCCCGAGCCUGUCUAAAGAACUGACUGGCUCCCUGGCUGGAGUCAGUGACGUCAGCUUCGAUGCUGACAGCCAGUUCCCCCUGGAUGAGCUGAAGAUCGACCCCCUGACCCUGGACGGCUUGCACAUGCUCAACGACCCGGACAUGGUCCUGGCUGACCCGGCCACGGAGGACACCUUCCGGAUGGACCGCCUGUGAGCGGCUGCGGCGCAGUGCUCCCCAACACGCGCCCCCAGUGGGGGGACGGCCACGCUCCGUCUGUCUGUCCCCGCCAAGGCUGAGCUUGUGAUUUGAGCUUACAGCGCUGCCAGCGUCCCGCCGGCCCGGCCCGGCCAUCCUCCCGCUGACGCUCGCUGGCUGCAGGGGCCAGGCCCCGACCGGUCCCCUCCACCCCAUUGCCAAGACUGGGCACGUGCGCGCUCGGGGGCUGGGCCUGCAGGGGCCGGGCUGGGUCUGACUGUUUCCGCUCUCACUGUCUCCACGGAGCCUGGCACAGGGCAGAGUGGACCCGCAGGGUGCCCGCCCUGGGGCCCCUGGGGCCCCGGGAGGGCGGGCCGGGAGUGUCGGGUGCGGGCCAGCCCGCCCAGCCUGUUCCCAUGGCACCCUGCCCUCCACGAUGCUGUUAUUUGGGGCCUGCCCCAGCGGGCGUCUUUGCGUGGGGCUGCGUCCUGCGCCUCCCUCUCCAUUUCUAUUUACAUUUUCGUUGUAGACACUAGCCGAUCGUUUCCGGCCGCACGCCUGCGCGCAUGUUUUAUCACCCGCACCCCUCCGUCCCAUCCUGACGCUGCCUGGAAACGAGGCUCACAAGCCCCAAGUCUGGCUCUGGGGUUUUGGCCCCCAGAUUCUUCCGGAAGAAGAGGGAGGGCGGCGGCAGGGCCGGCGCCUGGCCGGGACUGGUGGGAGGCCAUGUGGGCCACAGGGCCCGCCUGCGGGGCUGUGUGUAACCAUUUCGGCUC